GGCAGCGCUGAGCGCAGCCCCGUCUGCCAGCAGCCUCAGCAGCAGCUCGUCUGGAUCCGCUCCGCCGCGACUCCGGAGGCCCGCUUUCUUCCCCGUUUCCAGGAUUUAUCUCUGCACCAUGGGCGACAAGAAGAGCCCUAGCAGGCCGAAAAGACAAGCCAAGCAGAGCGCCGACGACGGCUACUGGGACUGCAGCGUGUGCACCUUCAGGAACACGGCCGAGGCGUUCAAGUGCAGCAUCUGCGACGUGAGGAAGGGCACCUCCACCAGGAAACCCAGGAUAAACUCCCAGCUGGUGGCCCAGCAGGUGGCUCAGCAGUACCCAAUGCCUCCCCCGCCCAAGAAGGACCGGAGAGAGAGGAGCGAGCGCACGGACAAGGAGCGCCCAGACGGCGAAGGAGAGCGAGCCGCUGGAGAGGGCCCCCCCCUGGUCGUGCGUCCGGAGGCGGUGAGACCAGAGGGGGACACGCCUGAGAAGGACAAGAGCGACAUCAUCGAGCAACCCAUCAAAGACAAACCCGACAGAGAGAAGGAAAUCAGUCCAACUGUCACAAAGAAGCCCAGCAGCAAAAAGACCAGACCCAAAUCAGACAACCAUCAGAGUCCCCCCAGUGACAAACAGAGCAUACAGUCUGGUAAAUCAGCAACCAAGACCAACAAGAACUCUCACAUUUCCAGGCCCAAGCUGAAGAACAUCGACCGGAGCACGGCCCAGCAGUGGGCCAUCACGGUGGGGAACGUGACGGUGAUCAUAACGGACUUUAAGGAGAAGACCCGCUCCUCAUCCACGUCCUCGUCCACCAUCACGUCCGGCGCGGGCUCCGAACAGCAGCACCAGAGCUCCGGCUCCGAGAGCAUGGACAAGGGCUCGUCGCGGGCCUCCACCCCCAAGGGGGAUCUCUCUGUCGGCCAUGACGAGUCAUUCUGAGGACACCCCCACCUCCCCAGCUCCCCGUCGUCCUCUCCCCGUCCUCCACAACCAUUUCCUCCCUGUGUUUCCGGACAAUAUGGAUCCCAUAGGGGGAGAGAUGUCCCUUCCCUGCUGCUGCCCUCCAUUCCUGCCUCCACCCCACUACCCCCCCCCUCCACGGAUGCUGACAGGAGCUGCUUGCUGAGAGGAACAGUGUGAAGCACCUUUCAGGAACCCCCUGCUAGGGGAGCUUGGCUCGCCGUAGGCGGAGAGAGACGCCCCCCCCCCUCCCAGACCCCUAACAGUAGCAUCCAUACACCUGUAUGUAUUGUUUUAUAUCUGUACGUGGAUGUGAGGCCAAGUUGACUUUUGUUUGGUUUUUUUUUUUGUUCUUUUUGUAAAGAAGAAUUUUCCGCUGGGCACAAUAACCACCACCAUUUUAAUAACUAUUAUUAUCCUUAUUUAUUACCUGUUGCACCUGUAUACUUUGAUAUUCUCCUUUUUUAUGUUGAAGCUUUGCUGCGUAGCUCUGCUGACUGAUCGUUCCUUCAGUGUUUUUAUUACAUUGAAAAUGUUGAGACGACACGUGAACUCACACACACACACACACACUCACACAAACACACACACACUCACACACACACCACACACACACACAUGCGCGCGCACACAUACUGGUGCUAGAUACACUGUGAAGCGGUUUUGCAGAUCUGGGACUGCCCGUUCACGCAAUGUGACAAAGUGCUGACGAAUCAAAUUCUCAUUCACUUUUUUUUUUUCAACAACACUGUCUCUUCACCUGAACACUGUCCAGACCUCGUGGGGUCUGCUCGUCUGUGCAUGUGGGUGUGCUUCGCGGGAGCGUCCUCCGAAGCUCCCGCGCCCCGACUUCUCAUCUGAUUUAGGUUUCUGGCAGAUGAGGAGUCUCUCAUGUCCUUGAUUGUACAGUGUGGGCUGUUGUGUAAAACACUAAAAAGCUGUUGCAUUCCCUCGUUCAAUAUCCGACUCUCCUGACUGAAGUGGGAGCCGCGUUGCUCGGCGUUCAGGCCGGAAGGGUUUUCCUGUUGUGACUGAAGGAUGUAGUUCCACUUGGUGAAACCAAAUCGAACUGUCAAGCUGUUGAGCUGUUGUGAAUCAGUUGAAGUUUUUCUUUCUUUUUCCUUUUUUUUUUUUUUUGUAUGUAGUCUUGAAUCUUCAUCUUCUCAACACAGAAGACAACAAAGGUUUGACAAUUCAAUUGACUUGUUUUUAUUUGUACUAAUUUAAUAAGACUCCUGUCCUUGAAGGCAACAAUCUUGCAGUACUUAAAAGAAUAUAAUUGUCCUUUCAAUUUUUUAACAGCAAGGCUUAUGUAAGGGUUUAUAAUUCACUUCUACCUUAGCUGAUAAUAGACCAACCUAAUUUCCUUUCAACUGUAUUAAAUUGUAUAAAGAAUAAAUGUGUAUAUGAUAUCUUAGUUUUAUUUAUUGAAGGACCAAAGGAAUUUCAUAUUGACAUGAUAGUAGACGGAUGAAUAACAUUUUGAAAUGCAAUUAUCUAAUGUGAGAUGAAUAACAGUUUAAAUAAAGACUAAUAUAAUCCAUGUAAACGGUGUUCUUAUUGUCCACUCAUCUGUGUGUGUGGCUAAACGGGCGGAGAUUUACGCGCUGUGGGCCGAGGAAACUGAAAGAAAACCGCCGGGCCCUUCCCGCCCGGCCCCCCCAGAGCAACCAAACCCGGCUCAGGCGAGGCUCGGACCCCCUCGCUGCCCCGACUCACCUCGUCCGGCUUUAACGCGCUGCAGUUUCACACGUAGGGAUAAUAACCGUGUCGUAAACCAUGUUCCACGUAGGGGAACGGUUUCAUUUGACUCUUCUGCUUCUGAGCUGUCGUGAACAUGUAAUUAUGUACUUUAUUGCAAACAAAUAUGGAGUCUGUGUUCCAAGUGGGGGAAGCGAUGUGAAUCCACGGGCCUUUUUUGGCCCAGGUGUUACCGCUCUGUGAUGUCACGAGCUCGGACCGGGCCUAGAAACUAAACUAAAGCCAUCUUCUCACCUGCCUUAUCUGUACCCACCUUCACAUGACCGAGUACUCCAGCAGAGGGGAGUCCUUGUUAAUUAUGUACAAAUGGCCAUUUGUUGACUUUGUGUAUUAUUGCUUGUAUAUAGAAAUUUGAGAAAUUGCAGAAGCAAACCCUAUAAAAGACGGCGUUGGAGGUGCAGUCUUUGGUUUCCUGUUUUCCUUCCGCGCAAGCAGUUCUGUUCUUGUGUGCGACCAGUAACCUUAAUUUACUGUGUAAAGAUGGUUACAUAUUUUAGCUUUGUUUGUCAGAGACAUGAAUAUCGGAUGCUUGUUUACUUAUUGUAUAACCUUAAACGUGAACUUCUAAUUAAGUGUAUGAUACAGACUCAUUUCUUCCUAUAACAAUGUGUUGUACAAUGCUUUUAAAGUUAUUGCUCCGUUUAAAAGAAAAAAAGACCAAAAAAAAUAAAUAAAAAAAUAGGGACAGUACAAGGAUUCCUCCUUUGUUUAAUCCAGUUGUAGUUUUCUUUUUGGUUAUGUUCAAGUUUUACUCACUGACGUGUCAUUGUUUCCCGUGUGAACUGCUCACAUUAAGUUCCUGCUGUGGAAAUGUUUCUGGCAUGUGCACGACUUUGCGCUUAUCGCUACCCUGAUCUUUUCCCUCUGCUUCAAAUAGAAAUGUCUAUUUAUGAAUUUUGCUUGUAGUUUUUCACAAAU